AUGGACGAGGAGAAUGUGGUGGGUGUUGGACGCUGUGGAGUAAAUAUGGCGGAUUGCUGGGGUGGAAAUAUUGAUAUUGGCAAUCAGGACUGGAUGGACUUGAAGGAGGAAGAGGUUGACUUAUGGGAUGGGGAAGAUCCUUACGAUGAUGACGGUGAGGGCGGUGAUGCUGGCGACGAUGAUGAGGCAAAAGCCACCAAGCAAGCUCCAUCAACAGCACGAUCAGGAACGUCAUCCGCAGCUGGAGCUGGAAAGAUGACGUACGGAUGGUACAGCUUGGUGUUUAAAGCCGUACCCAUUAGUGAAAUGCUCGAGCCUGACUGGCUCAAGAUGAAACCUUCAGCAUCCCGCUUCCAAUUACUAGGAAAUUACAACAAGUCGAGUGAUCCCUGGUCCGAGAUACGUGAGGCACAUCCUCUCAACUGCGUCGCACGACCAAAGGCUCAUCGAACUCUCAUUCUGGUGGCACAGCAAGAGACUGCAGACCAAGCCGAUGCUAUGGUAGUCGUGCGCCUGAAGUGGGACGGAGAUACGUCGGUCAUUGACGAAGAUGCAGACCCCCCGGAAAAUGAAAGUCAGGCGUUGAAGCCCGAGAUAGAGGUUUUGAGGAAG